AUGGCGGAGUCAUAUACAUGGUUAUUGAGAACCUGGCAAGAGGCAAUGCUUGGGCGUGCCCCUUCAACGAUAAUUACUGAUGAUGAUAAGGCGAUGGCGAAAGCCAUUGUAGAGGUACUACCGAAUACAACUCAUAGGUUGUGCUUGUGGCACAUUCUCCAAAAGUUUCCUGAACACUUGGCCCAUGUAUAUAACAAGUUUCUUGACUUUCAAAGAGAUUUUCGUCAUUGCAUCCAUGAGACUAUUACAAUUUCUGAGUUCGAAGAGGAAUGGGCAUCGAUAUUGAUGAAGUAUGAUUUAGGAGAAAAUAAUUGGCUGCAAAAUCUUUACAUUCGACGAGAAAAGUGGGUUCUGGCUUACUUGCGGACGACAUUCUGUGCCGGGAUGUCAACAACUCAACGGAGUGAAAGUAUGAACAAAUUUUUCAAAGACUAUGUUCGAUCCAGUACUAUGGUGAGUGACUUUGUUCAUCAGUAUAAGGCGGCUAUAGAUGCACGUUGUUUUAAAGAGAAAAAGAAAGAUGUGCGAAUGAAGUCUACUCGUGCGAUAUUGAAGACACCUCUUAAAAUUGAAGAGGAGGCAUCACUGAUUUAUACAAGAAAGCCUUUUAUGAUCUUCUAG